AUUAGUGGGUGAUUAACUUAUUCGAUCCUGUAUGGAAAGGUCUUAAAAGUGGUUGAAUGCAUGAAAGCCCGGGAAGAAGAAAUUUUGGGUGAGCAAGAAAUUACAACAACUAACCACUAUCGUUGAAGCUUUCAGCAACCAAACCCCAAAAGCCAGACGACAAAUUCAUAGAGAUCUCCUUCAACUGAUGCCAACCAUUCACUAAAUUCCAACUACAGUUUCUGUUUCUCACCCCAUCUCUCUCUUCAUCUCUGACAACAGAAGAAACGACCACCCGCCAUGGCCGGCACUUUACAUCUCAUCACUAUCCGGCCAUGGCUUCCGCUUCUUCUUCUGUUUUGUAUUUUCAGCGGUAAUAUUUUUCAUUCUUGUUAUGGUCAACAAAAUAUCGAAACUUUCUUUCCAAUAUCUCCAACCCCAGCGCCGUUGCCGACACCGAUCUCUCCUUAUAUUCCACCGGAGCCGCAACCGCCUUUACCGCUGCCGCUGCCGACGAAGAAGUCUAAUGACAAGAGUGACAUUGCAAAGGCGGCAGCGGUAACCGCAGCCAGCACUCUAGUGGUGUGUGCGGUGGUGUUCUUUUUUGUUCAAAGGUACAUUGUUGCUAAGCGGAGGAAGAAGAUCGGCGGCGCUGUUAUUGGUGGUGGUGGUGGUGGUGGUGGUGGUGGUGGUGGUAGUGACAAUAUUGGAAGCCAACGUGGUCAACCGGCUGCGGUCAAUGUCAAUGAGUUUGAAAGGUACGAUGGAAAUCUCAGAGGGUUUAUUGUGGACGAGGAUGGUCUUGAUGUUCUGUACUGGAGAAAACUCGAAGCCAAAAACUCGAAGAACAAGAAGAGUUUCAAGAAGGAGGCUUUGCGAAAUCGUGAUAAUGAAGAAGAGAUUGAUGAGUAUGAAAAUGGAGAAGGAACUAGCAGAGAGAAUGAGCUUCCUCUGUUUCGAGGGAGGUCUUCCACGUCUAACAUCGAUUUAGUUCCAGAAGGACAUGAGCAGAUUCGUAUCGGAAGUAGUAGAAUGAUGAAUCCUAAGGGUGUUGAGAAUAGAGAGCCAGUUGUGGAGCUGACGAUUCAAUCUUCGGGUUCUCCACCUCCACCUCAUUCUCCACCACCAACACCACCUCCUCUUCCAAUGAAAGCCCCUCCAGUGCCGCUACCGCCGCCUCCUCCUCUGCCAAUGAAGGGCCCGGGGCUGCCGCCGGCACCGCCACCAAAGCCUAAGUCUAGGAGUUUAAACGCCUUGGCAAAACCUGAGCCAAAGGGGGUGAAGCUGAAGCCGCUACAUUGGGACAAGGUGAACACUAAUCAAGAACAUUCCAUGGUCUGGGACAAAAUUGAUGGUGGUUCGUUCAGAUUUGAUGGAGACCUUAUGGAAGCUCUCUUUGGAACUGUUGCUACUAAUCGAAAAACUCCUGAAAGAGCCACUGGUUCAUCCUCGCAAAUUUGUAUCUUAGAUGAGAGGAAGUCUCAGAACUUCGCAAUUGUUAUAAGAUCUUUGAACAUUUCUAUUGAAGAUAUUCUUGAUGUGCUUACUGAGGGCAGAGGUCUAAGCGCUGAGAAUCUCGAAAAGCUUUCUAGAAUUGCCCCAACUGAAGAGGAAAUAGCCAAGAUUCUCGAGUACAAUGAAGACCCUGAAAGGCUUGCUGAUGCUGAACGCUUCCUCUACCACAUUUUGAAAGCUGUUCCAUCUGCCUUUACUAGACUCAAUGCCAUGUACUUCAGACACAACUAUGAGCAAGAGAUUGUGCAACUCAAAGAGUCUUUAAAGACUAUUGAAUUGGGAUGCAACGAGCUUCGGACUAGAGGGCUGUUUAUGAAGCUGCUAGAAGCGAUUCUCAAGGCUGGAAAUCGAAUGAAUGCUGGAACAUCGAGAGGGAAUGCGCAAGCUUUCAAGCUCAGCUCUCUUCGAAAACUGUCUGAUGUUCGAAGUAGUGAUGGGAGGACUACUCUUCUUCAUUUUGUAGUGGAAGAAGUGGUGCGGUCUGAGGGAAAGAAGGGUGUCUUGAACAGGAAUAGUAGUUUGAGCCGCAAUGGCAGCCAGAGAAAUAAUGGCAGCAUGAGUUCUGAGCAGAAUGUAAAGUCGAGAGAGGAUAGAGAGAAGGAGUAUAUGAUGUUGGGAUUGCCAGUGGUUGGAGGCAUCAGUUCUGAGUUCUCUAAUGUGAAGAAGGCAGCAACUAUAGACUAUGACAGCUUUGCAAUCACUUGCUCAGCUCUCACUAAACGUGCCGAGGAAACUAGAGAACUUAUACUCCAAUGUGAGAAGGAUGGUGGUGGAAGAUUUGUUUUUGAGAUGAAUGAUUUUCUUGAAGAAGCUGAAGAAGAGCUAAAGGAGACGACAAAAGAGAAGAAUAGGGUGAUGGAAUUUGUGAAGGCCACUACAGAAUAUUACCAAGGAGGAGCUUCAAAGGAAAAAGGAUCACAUCCAUUUCAACUAUUUGUCGUGGUUAAAGAUUUUCUAGGCAUGGUUGAUCAAGCAUGUGUGGAAAUUUCUCGAAAUGUGCAGAGGAGGAAGGCGGUGACGGCGAGUUUAGGAACAUCAUCAUCACCAGACUCACCGCCAUCAAGGAACCCAGUAAGGUUUCCAGUCUUGCCUAAAAAUUUCAUGUCAGGAAGCUCUAGAAGUAAUUCUAGUGGGUCAGAUAAUGAUGUCUGAAUUGGUUUUUA